CCAAGAAAAUACAGCUAAGCCAAUAAAAAAAUGGAGAGCUUUAACUUUGAUGAGUCUAGCUGGGUGCAUGCACACAUGAGGGUCAGGGCCUAGUUGCUAGUACUACAGGUGAUCGUGCUGCACACAAAAUCGAUAGGAUAUAUUAUUCAACUGGAUAAUUGAAGGUUAGAAAAACAGGAUGGUUAGUUUUCAGUGUCAAGACAGUAAAGGAAUAUUCGAGGAUGCUACCUUUCCUUUUCUACAACUGCAGAUAGGCAUUGCUAUUUUGCUCACGGGAAUCUUUAACGUCCUUCUUGGUCAUUUGGACCAAAUUAAAUAUGUUUCAUCAGCCUUUGCUGGUAUUGCGGUAGGGAUCAUAGGUCCAUUCUUGGGUAGCACGAAAUAUUUUCAAGCGAUAGCGGAGAAUUCAGAAUGGCUUGGCUUAGUCGAACUUAUUUCAUUUAUUACGUUGACGUGCUUCUCAUUCCUUGUUGGAGUGAAAACAGACAUGAAUAUGGUGGUGAAUGCAAGAAAAACAACUUACAUCAUAGGCUUUUCUACUUUCAUUUUCCCUCUACUCGUCAAUGCAGUUCUGAGUGUCGUGAUCAUGAAAACCAUUACGAUGGAAAAUGAACUGAGCGAUUCUCUCAAAUUCAUUUCACUGGCGGUAUCUACCACUUCUUUCUAUGAUACGGCUUGUGCCGUCAAUGACAUGAACCUCCUCAACUCAGAGAUAGGUCGUCUAGCCUUGGCCAUUUCGAUAAUCACCGGGUUGUUCAGUUGGGGGUUCGCUUUUGGACUCACCUUAAUAGCUGAAUUCAUGGCAAUGAAGCGAAAAUUACUGAUAAUUUCAGUGAUAAGUAAAUUUGCCUUGUUGAUAUUCGUCCUAUUCAUUGUACGUCCAGUAGUUUCGUGGAUGAAUAGAAAAACUCCAGAAGGAAAAACAUUGAGGGAGGGUUAUGUUUCCGUGAUCAUUAGCACUGUCUUGGGAGUUGCAUUUUACAGCGAGUUCGUUGGGCAACACGGGAUGUUCGGACCACUUAUGCUUGGACUGGUGGUACCUGUUGGGACUCCUGUGGGAAUAGCUGUUCAAAAAAAGCUCGACUGCUUCGUUACCUAUGUGCUCAUGCCAACUAUUUACAUUGUAGCAGGUUAUAAAGUACAAAAGUUCGAAUCCAAGUUAAGGAAUUGGGUAAUUGUGGAGUUUAUGAUAUUCUUUGCUUGUUUUUCGAAGAUUAUUGCAGUAAUGUUGUCUUCACUCUACUGCCAGUUUCCUAUUCAAGACUCCUUCUUGCUCGGUCUCAUAUUAAACUGUGCUGGCAUAUUUUACCUCAUAUUUUGUAUUUCAAUGGAUAGAGAGAAGUUUAUCGACCAACCAACUUACACGUACAUGCUUCUCACAAGUAUUUUGAUAACGAUGGUAUGCACACCUAUAGUGAAAUUUUUUUAUGAUCCUUCGAGUAGGUACACAAGCUACAAGAGACAAACUAUUCAGAACUCUUCUGUCAAGGAAGAGCUUCGAAUACUUGCUUGUGUUUACAACCAAGAAAACGUUCCAAGCAUCCUCAACUUCCUUGAAGCAACUAAUCCAACAAAAGAUAGCACUGUGUGCAUCUAUAUCUUGCACCUCGUUGAGCUGAUUGGACGCGCAGCUUCCGUCCUCGUUAGACAUAAACAAAAGAAAAAGAAAAUUACACGCAGUCAAAGCCGUAAUACAUCAGAAAAAAUUAUCAAUGCCUUCAAUCACUUUGCAGAACAGAACCCAGGCUUCUCAAUUGGGCAAGCUUACACUGCAGUAUCACCGAUCGAGGGCAUGCAUAAUGAUGUGUGUCACGUAGCAAUGGAAACCAGGACACAUCUGUUGGUCAUACCCUUUGGUGAGUUAGCUGAACAUCCUUUUCGCGCAAUCAACCAAAGUGUUUUGCAUGAGGCACCUUGCUCAGUGGGGAUACUCGUUGACCACAUAGAUGGGGUGAAACCUGUUGUUGAUGCUUCCAUAAGCAGUUGCCACAGUGUUGCCAUGAUUUUCAUAGGAGGACCCGAUGAUCGAGAAGCAUUAGCAUAUGGUAUGAGAAUGGCCGAUGAUAAUCCCAACUUAAAGCUCUCGGUUUUUAGAUUCACACAUACAAAAUUACGUGAUGAUAAAAAUACUAAAAAAGAUGACGAAUUGAUUAAUGAGUUGUGGCAAACAAUCGAGAACACCGUAAAUAUUGAGUACAUUGAAGAAGCACUAACAGAUUGUGCAGAUACAGCAAGUAGAAUCAAAUCCCUGGAAGAGACUUACGACUUCAUAUUGGUCGGAAGAAGACAUGAAGAUGAUUCGCCAAUUUUGCAUGGACUCGAUGAAUGGUGCGUCUACAAAGAACUUGGUGUGGUUGGAGAUCUUUUUGCGACAUCUAGUUUUCAAGGGGGAUUUUCUCUUUUGGUAAUGCAACAAUAGGUCUUUAGUUAAAUUAGUACAAAUUCUUUGUCGAUACAAGACGAGCAUAAUGUAGUACAGUCGUUUGCACUUUUGAUUUUGACGUCGGAUGUAAAUGGUUCUAGGUAGGUAUGUACAACGCAAGUUGCAGU